AUGAACGUCCAGACGCUUCUGAAGCUGCCUAUCCUCGGCGCUGCCAUCAAGGAGGGUAUUCGACUCAUAUCGCCUGUGCCGCUUGGGUUGACCCGUCUUGUUCCCGAGGGUGGGCACACCAUCGCGGGGGAUUUCUUCCUAGAGGGGACCGUCGUCUCCUACAUGCAAUGUGUCGCCAAAGUGUGCCCGCACAAUUACAGCGACCCUAAGGGCUUUCACAUCAACCGCUGGUUACGGCCGGAAGGCCCGCGCGAUUGCAUCGGGCAAAAUCUGGCGCGGAUGGGGAUUGUUCUCAUCCUGGGGAAAUUGCUGUCUUGUUGUGAUCUCCAGGCGCAGGGUAGCCUCGAUUGGUGGGAGGAUCAGGAGACAUACGCGGUGUGGGCCAAGGCGCCGGCUGCCGGUCACGUUGCUGGUUCGGAAGGGACUGAAUUAAAGUGCCGUGAUAUGAAGUAGACAUAGGAAUAUCCCCGAUUGGGCAUCAGCCAUGUGUAGCUGAGAGCGCCAUUGCCGUUUAAGGUCGGGAUCAAUAGCAUGCUUGGUAGGCUUUUCGAGUGCUUGGUCACUGCCGCGCAAGCUAGACCAGAAGCCCUUUAGAGGG